AUGGAUCUUCAGGGCACCAAAGAGGCGCGCAAGCAGGAGGAGGGUGAAGGGCCUUUGGACGCUUACGGAGCCGGCAGCGGCCGUUCGAAAGAGAGAUCCGACUCACACAGCCAUCAUGACACUCCGUCCAACUUGCAACCGCUGCGCCGUCGCCAGCAGCCGACCUUCUUACAUCCCCCCAGAGCAUCCCGCCAUGCAUCCGCCUCGGUCGCUGCGCCACGAGCGCCCCAAGAGCCCUCCAAGCCCUCGCCAGAAGCUAUGACCAUCCCACAAGCGCUGGGGCUAUCCUCACGCAACGUGCGACUACUGGGUAAGGCGAAACGACAGCCGCCGGUGACGAAGAAGACGCUAAGCGAGCUCGAUCUGCCAUGCAUCAUGAGCAACAUCAAUCUGCGCAUGGACGCCAACUUCGACCGCGACCUGCACUUCAAGCCGGAUUUGGAGGGCGAGAAGGGCAAACGCAAGCGGAAAGAGGCCGCCGACUACUGGGAUGCCAUGGCCGCCGAGAUCGCCAUCUAUUCCUUCUGCGCUGCCAACACCGACGCUAUCCUCGAAGAGCGGACCGACGGCACGCGCAAGACAUUCGAGCCUCGGCUGCCAACCAUGUUCGAGACUUUGCAGGAUGUCAUCAAGACCUUGGUCCCCGGAGAGGACCAUGCCAGCGUCACGCAAAAUCUCGAAGUACCGCUUCUGAUGCAGCAGAUCCGGAAGGGAGUGUUGGAUAUGGUGGCGCUGGCGACGUGGCUGGCUGCUCUCUUCAAGACACAUUGCGCACCGAUGCGCGACGAGUGGGCGGACUGCAUGGUCGAGCAGAUCACCGAAGGAUCGCAAUCGCAAGAUCCACAUAAGAUCGUCGAUGGCUUGCAGACGCUAUUCGCCAUUUUGGAGGCAAUGAAGCUGGACGUGGCCAACCACCAGAUCCGCGCAUUUCGGGUCCUACUCAUCGAAGAUACAGUGCCCUUUCUGCAGGAGUAUUUCCAAGGCAAAACCAGCAACGGCACAUUCCAGGUCGAAUCCGCACGACUCUGGUACCUCGCCGCACGGGAAGCAGCCCGGCACGAAGACGAACAAAAGAGUCCUUCCACCGAGGCUGAGACAGGAAAUGGCUUCAAACCGCUGGAAGCGCUCUUCCGCGGGAUAAGCGGCCAUCUGCUCCAAUUCCACGCGCCAGAAGCCUUUCCAGAGACAUUCCUCUUCGACUCCGACCGGCUGUGGCAGCUGCGCUCGACGGUGCAGAAUCUGAUCAACCUCGACGUGGCCUGGUACAUCUUCGAGUCGUACGUGCACACGCAGAAGCGGUAUCUCUCCGCGCCGGCCGAGACAUACUCCACCUUCCGCUCGCGGAUCUGGUCCCUGCUGGAAGACGGGUCGGGCGGCGCACGCACCGCCAGCGCAGACGACGACCCAGAUCUCCGCGGCGGGCCCUGCUGGCUGCGGAAUAUGCGCUCUGUCGCGCUGGAGAUUGCCCGGUUUGCGGGCGCGGCCUGCUGUCUCGACGCCGUCGUCGCCGACGAGGUCAUUGGGCCUAUCGAGGAGGCCCUGGAGUGGCACCUGUCCAAUGAGUCGGAGCUCUUUCGCUAUUUCCAGAACGCCAUGCGCGACAAGAUCCUGGCUGCGACGCUGGCCUCGGCGCGCAGAUACCUGCCUCUAUCGCCCUUGGCUAUCUGUGACUCUCAGCGAAUAAGCCCCCAACCACCAUCAUCACUGCCAGCCUCGACCACUCCCUCUUCCUCUUCGACGUCCGCAUCUUCAUCCUCCGCUGCGUCGUCGACAUCGACAUCGACAUCUCCGCAACAAUACGAUAUCGAGCGCGUCGGCAUGCGCCUCGCCCACAUGGGCAUCCUACACUGGCGCGUCUGGGCUCCGCUCCUCUAUCUCCGCGACGAGAUCGCCGAGCAAGACGCGCCGAGCUCGAGCUUACUAUAG